CAGGAAGUCUGGGGGAGGGGCAAUGCAGUUUUUUUUUGUUAUACUGGGCCCCUUUGUCGAGAUGGAACAAGAGGAAAUGUCUAUUUGCUUGUGGUGCAUACACAUAUCAGCUAUUUCCAGGGAAACUUCCCAUCGCCUGUAAAAGGCACUGGGCCCCCGCAGUACUGGGAGAGGGGGUGGGGGGCCAGCUGAGAAUGGAGCUGCUGGUGCUGCUCAAUGCCCUGGUUACAAGGCUGCUCUUUGUUCUACACUCUCUGAUCGGGGUUUGGAGGGUGACUGAAGUGAAGAAGGAACCCAAGUUCUGGCUGCUGGCAUUGCUCAACCUCCUCCUAUGCCUGGAAACUGGGCUCACCCUCAAGUUUAAGCAAGGCAAAGGCUACAAAUGGUUUUCUCCAGCAAUAUUUUUAUAUCUGAUUAGCACAGUACCAUCAUUAUGGCUACUGGAAACUCAUCGUGAAACUCAGUUUUGCAAUAAUGAAACUGAACAAACAUGGGAGAAUAUCAGCAACAGAGAAGACUUCAAUCAAUUAAAAGAGAGCACUCCCAAAAAUGAGGGAGCAGAUCAUCAUAUAAUUGAGUCGGCUAGAGUUUUUGUCUCCCAGCUCUCCACAGUGUGCGAAACUGUAUGGACGCUAGGACUCCACCAGACUUUUCUACUACUACUAAUAAUAGGGAGAUGGCUUCUUCCCAUUGGUGGUGAAAUCACCCGUGAUCAGUUGUCCCAGCUGCUGCUUAUGUUUGUGGGAACUGCAGCAGACAUACUUGAAUUCACUAGCGAGACUUUGGAAGUAGAAAAUGUAAGGCAUAACCAUGCUCUUGUUUAUGCAAUUCUUUGUGUAUGGACUUGGAGUAUGUUGCAGUUUCCACUUGAUCUUGCAGUGCAACAUAUUGGCUGUAAACUAUCUGUGUCAUCUACGAGAGUCCCCACUUUACUGCUGUGCAGACACAGUGCAGACCUGUGGAACAUUGGAAUCAGCCUCUUCAUACAAGAUGGCCCUUUCCUCGUUUUACGUUUGAUACUGAUGAGCUAUUUUAAAGUAAUCAAUCAGAUGCUGGUGUUUUUCACAGCUAAGAAUAUCUUAGUUGUGAUGUUACAACUGUACCGUCUAAUAGUGCUAUCGUUAGACUUCCGUGCUUCCCUGCAGUAUCCACCAAGCAGCCGGAUAGGAGGAGUGAGCUGCUGCCCAUGUGAGCCUAAUGAUACCACUCUCCCACCCAGCAACUCGGAUACUGAUAUGAGAGAAUGCACUGCUAUUCCUCUGGAGGAUUCGCCAGUCCCAUCAGAAUAUCAGUGAACUCAACUGUUUAUUCACUGCAACACCGUCUGUUUCCUGUGGCCUUUUGGAAGGGUUUGGCCUGUUUGUAUUAUCGUGGUUCUUACUCAUCUCCCUUCCACCACAAAAUGAAGUUUUGUUCUAAAAACCAGAAGACUUUGAAGCGAUGUCACAGAAAGGAGAACUUUUUGAUCCUGUUGAUUUGCGGGGGUGGGGGGGUUCUACUACAUCCUUAUUAUAUUUAUCCAGCGGGAUUAGGUAGGUGUAGUUUAUAGAACUACAAGAUUUGAAGUUGUAUGUGAUGCAUUAACAAACUUGGUUACUGUCUUUGGAGGCAUUAUGUUAAAGAAUGUGCUCAGAUGUAUUUGUGCAGAAGGACAGACAUAUCAGGACAGUUACCUGAAAUUGGGGAGCCUGUAACUUUGCUUCAGUUGACAGGCUGUAAAAACAGUGUGGUGAAUGAUAUAUCACAGAAUUACUUCAGCAAUGGCAAUUGCAUAGGAGUGUAAGUUGAAUGGAAAUAAUGUGUUUCUGCUGUCACUAUGACAUCAAAACAUUGUCCUUUCAGUGAAUGUGAGAACAACUGUUUUAGAAGUUACCUCACUAUUGGCUUGAUUCAGUGAAAGCACCAAUGACAUGGAGUAGCACACAGAACCAUGGAAGUCCUUUCUCAGUGGUUUUUGGGGCUUGCCUGGAACCAAAUCUAAAACAUUUUUAAUCUGGCCUUACAGUUCACUAUAGUGAAGGACGUUUCUGCCAUGAGCCAUAUUCUAUAGAGGUGCUUAUCUUUCUAUUACAAUUAGAGAUGGUCAGAAUAAUGAAAAAAUGUCACAAAAUACUUUGAAGUUUUUUCCAUUUCACAGUGUUUGAAAGUGAGCUAGUACAUCAAAUGUCUUUUUUGAAUUGCAAUUGUUAUGACUUUACUCAAGCAUGUAGUCCCAUUUAAAGCAAUGGGAUUGUUUGUAGAAGACAAGCAAAAGGACUUUGGCUCUCAGUUUGCAUUUUAUAAAGUGCCUAAACUCUGAUGUAUCCAAUUCAGAGGCUGUCUGGUCUACUGAAUAUCUGAGCAUCAUUUUAAAAAAGUCUGAAAAAAAAUAUAUGUUCACCAGUGCAGAGGCUUCUGCGGAAGUUCAGUAGUGAAUAACAUGAGGUCACUUCUCACCUAAACAUAUGUUACACCAAUGUAACUCCACUGAUUUGAUUGGAUUUAUUCCUGAUUUACACAGGUGUAAUGGGAUUUGAGAAUCAGAGCGAUGAUUCCAAAAACCUGGCUAAAUAACUAUAUUUGCACACAAAUAGUAGGUGCUUUUACAACUUUCCAUAUUUUGAAAAGUUAAUUAAAUUUAAAAACAUUAACAAAAUGUAUGAAAUUUAACAUGACCCAACAGAUAUAGUUUUCUCAACUGAAAAUUUCCAGUUAAAUCUUCUCAUGUAAUCUUUUGUGGUCUGAAAGAUUAAUCUGUUUAUAGAAGUUAGGAAUACAUGAAAAUUUUAGAAAAAAACCCGAGAAUUUUCCCUUCGUAGCAGGCAUACACUAGCUUAUUAUUAUAGGGUCAUUUAUGAGUGCUGACAUGAUUUUAAUUAUUUUUAAAGGAAAAAAAGAUUUGAAUAAUUUGUUUAAAAAACCGCAAAACAUAUUUUUGUUUAUAUUUGUGAGGUUUGUAGUGCUCAUGAUGAUGAGGACCUGUGUUACCAUGAUAUUUGCUCAAUGCUGGAUCAGGACUUUAGGUGAUCUAAGAAGAGCGUGCCCAGGCAUACUGCAAGCAGGAAGUCUUUCACAGUUCCUUUCAAUUCAGGACAGUGCAUUUCAGUAAUAACCUGCAGCACCUCCUGCUCUUUUAAUCUUGGGCCUCUUUUCAGUAGAAAGUGCCAUUCGUUAAUUGAGGGGUUUUCAUGAUGUUGGCAUAUGGAGACUAGGCCACAGCUUGCUCUGGGAUUUUAAUUCAGGUUUAAUGGUAAAAAGCUAGAGCACUGCUGCUGCUAACCAGCUGUUCUCUCUAAAAUCUUCAGCACUGAGGUGAAUUUCGAAUCAGUUGCUUAGAUUGUAUUUUGCCCUUUUGACUUAAGACUAGACCGUUCACAUUCCUUUUGAAACUUUUUCCAGUUCAUUGUUAUACACAGGAAUUAAAAUAUUGAUGUUAAAUGCAUGCGUUAAUUAAUCUGUAAUGUACAGAUUUUACAGUGGCAUCAUCUCAGAUUCAUUAGUGCAAUGACAAACAGCAUGACUUGUGUUUUUAACUCAUGAUCUACGUGAGUAGGCUCAGUUAGCAACAAAUUAUCUACUGGGCUACUAGCCUGUAGCAGAUCCCAGGGCCUCCAGGGGUUAUCAGACACAGAGCCUAGUUAAUAUCAGGAUUAUUCUGUGGUAGUAGUAAUCUUUCUGCUCAUCAGUUGUCUCCUUUCAAGUCCUGGCAAAACUCACAUUGACUUAAAAAGGAUUUGGGCCCUUCAAGCUACCCCUCUUAUGGCCUGAUCCCAACCCUGUUAACUUUACCUGACUCACAGGUCCUUUUCUCACACUGGCCUCGGGCUAUAGUAGAGAUGUGUCCUCUAAUGCCGCCUCUCCUCUUGGCAAGGCAAAAAGAGAGUCUAAAAAGACAAACAAGGCACUUAAAAGAUGAGCUGUCUAUCUUCCUAUUUGCGGUUGAACAUGGGUAGCAGCAGAAUAAUUACAUUGGCUUGUACAAUUCAAUAAUGGGCCAUGGAGAAAGAGAUUUAAAGUUUAUAUUAGUCUGAGUAUUUGGCCAUGGUAAUAGAUCUUAUUUGCAAGAAUCCUCUGUUUCCCUCUGCCAAUUUCUUACCAGACAAAUGAGAGGUUUUUCCAGCAGCCUUUGAGUCAGCUGAUCUCUCUCUGAAUCUGCCAGCUGGGUGGGGAGAAAUACUGCAUCAUACUGCAGCCUUGCACAGAUUUUUGCAUCAUGGAAGUGGUAGACUAUAUUUUCUUGAAGAUAGGCCAGUCUCUGUGGCAUAUCUGAAGAACAGUAGGUGUAAUGUUUUCUAUUCAGGAAAAGCUACAGCUAUCCUUUCAUACUUGGAAAAUGAGCCUUUUAAAAUGGCAAGGGUUCAGAAAAUUCUCCCUAGCUACUGUUCUUUCCUGAGUCAGCAGCAUUUUAUUACAUUGCCUCUUAGAAUAUGUAUCUAACCAUUUACAAUUAUUUAUACAGUUGUUCCCAGUGCUGUCCUUUGUUGGUUAUUCUAUAUAGUUAUCUUUACUGCCUCCUUCUUCCUUUGCUGAAAUUUAUUCCUCUUUCUUUUGACACUGGCUCAAAUAAGCUUGUAGCUCCUGAGCCUUUAAAAAGUCAUGAUUGUAAAGUGUAUUGAAACCUGGUUCUACUUGUUUCUGUUGGUAUUUGUAAAGUACUGUUCUCUGGAAAUCGGUGGAAAUGGAGGAAAAUGUGUAAUUACUUUUUAAAAAAUUCCCAAGUGUACUUUGCAAAUAAAAUGCAGUUACCUCA